UAACUACCAAAGCAUGGAGGAAGCAUCUCUGGAAAAGCUGGGAGUUGCCAAUCCUCCAGCGUAGCUGAGCUCCGUUUGUGUCACACGUCUGCAGCUGUGUGGCUCCAGCUGACCCAGACUCCGACUCGUGCACUCAGGUGUCCAUGUGCCUUGUGGUUUAGAUGGAGGGGGGUUAGUGGAGGGCUGUGCAGAGGCACUGGGGGUCAAAUACAUGGUGUGAAGUUUAUGGUCCACCCUGAGCUCUUGCUCCACAGCAAGACGGCGGCCUGAUCUCCAUCCAUGAAUCAAUCAUCUUGUUUUUUUAUGUGGUAAAUUUGUAAAUUUUGAGGUCUCACAGUUCCUAAAGUCCUCAUUGUUGAGCCGACUUUAAUGAGUGACAGCUGAUAAAAGGAGGAGGAGAGGAGCAAAAGAGGGGGUGGAGGCAGGAGGAGUAGCGAAAUGUUCCCCACCACUGGAGUGGGAGAAGGCAGCAGCCGCACAUGGAGUGACUCGAGAGCGCAGCAGAAGAGCGGAGCUUCCAUGCAGCCCGUCCUUUGUCCAGUCACAGCAGGCUUGCUCAAAGCGAAAGAGAGGGGCUCAUAGGGAAAGAGAAAAAGAAUGCAUUUUCCCUUCUGGAGGAGAAAGGAGAAAAGUGUGUGACACCCUGAAUGAGAGGCAGGUAAAGCCUUCAAGGAGCACGCGUGUUUUUGUUCAUCUGCCUCUGAGGGGGAGCUGGUGGGUUCAAGCGCUCUGUAAUGCUCUGUGGAAGUAUCGGACUCCCGUCGAACCUGAUUACUCUCUAAGGUGAAGAAAUCCCACAGUGAAUCUCAUGUUCCAGACCCCUCAGACGUCAGGUCUAUGGAAAUGCAGGACCUAGCCAGUCCUCAUAACCGAGUUGGAGGUGGGGAUUCGACAGGCUCCAAACUGGACAAGAGCAACCUGGAAAGCCCUUCCAUCACCAGCAAUGGAACAGGAGGUGAAAACAUGACUGUUCUAAACACGGCUGAUUGGCUGUUAGGCUGCAGCAGCCCGUCCCCCGCCUCCAGUUCCAAGGACUAUGUGAAAACAGAGCCUCUGAACAGCAGCGACACGGUCACUACGUCGGGCGACACAGCACUGGACACAUACGCAGGCUCAGUCAUUACCAGUAGCGGGUACAGCCCUCGCUCAGCCCACCAGUACUCUCCUCCUCUCUACCCUUCAAAGCCGUACCCUCACAUCCUCUCCACGCCGGCAGCCCCUCCCAUGCCGUCAUACGCCGGUCAGCCUCAGUUCAGCAGCAUGCAGCAGUCCACUGUCUACACAGCCUACUCUCAGACGGGACAGGCCUACGGACUGUCCACCUAUGACCUUGGCGUGAUGCUUCCAGGCAUUAAGACUGAAAGCGGCCUCAGCCAGAGUCAGUCGCCCCUACAGACGGGCCUCAGCUACAGCCCCGGCUUCACCACACCUCAGCCCGGACAGACUGCAUAUUCACCAUAUCAGAUGCCAGGCUCCAGCUUCACUCCGUCCUCAGGCCUCUACGCCACCAACAACUCAGUCUCCAACCCCGCCAACUACACUGCCACACAGCAGGAUUAUCCCUCAUACACAACAUUUGGCCAAAACCAGUAUGCGCAGUAUUACUCUGCCUCCACGUACGGGACAUACAUGACUUCCAACAGUGUGGAUGGCACGGGCUCCACCGCGGCCUACCAGCUGCAGGAUCCCGCUCCUGCCAUGACGGGACAGGCGGCCGAGCUUCACCCAGCGGACUUCGAUACAGUGCAGAGCCCCUCCACGCCCAUCAAAGAGCUGGACGACAGAGCCUGCCGGAGUGGGGGAUCCAAGUCUCGCGGCAGGGGCCGCAAAAACAACCCUUCUCCCGCCCCUGACAGUGACCUGGAGAGAGUGUUUGUUUGGGAUCUGGACGAGACCAUCAUUGUCUUCCAUUCUCUGCUCACAGGUUCCUAUGCACAGAAAUAUGGCAAGGACCCUCCCAUGGCGGUGACUCUUGGCUUAAGGAUGGAGGAGAUGAUCUUCAGCUUGGCCGACACACACUUAUUCUUUAAUGAUCUGGAGGAAUGUGAUCAGGUACAUAUCGAUGACGUAUCAUCCGACGACAAUGGCCAGGACUUAAGUACUUACAGUUUUGCAACUGAUGGCUUCCAUGCAGCUGCAACCAGCGCCAACCUGUGCCUGGCUACGGGCGUCCGCGGGGGGGUCGACUGGAUGAGGAAACUUGCCUUCCGCUACCGACGGGUCAAAGAGUUGUAUAGCACGUACAAAAACAAUGUGGGGGGGCUGCUCGGUCCUGCUAAAAGAGACGCCUGGCUGCAGCUCAGAGCCGAGGUGGAGGCUCUGACGGACUCCUGGCUCACUCACGCCCUCAAGUCCCUUUCCAUCAUCAGCUCCAGGAGUAACUGUGUAAACGUGUUGGUGACCACAACGCAGCUCAUACCAGCGCUCGCUAAAGUUCUCCUGUACAGCCUCGGAUCCGUUUUCCCCAUCGAGAACAUCUACAGCGCAACCAAAAUAGGAAAAGAGAGUUGCUUUGAACGCAUAAUGCAAAGGUUUGGCAGAAAAGUUGUGUAUGUUGUUAUUGGGGACGGUGUGGAAGAGGAGCAGGCGGCCAAAAAGCACAACAUGCCUUUCUGGAGGAUAUCCAGUCACUCUGACCUGCUGGCGCUACACCAAGCACUGGAGUUUGAAUACCUGUAGCUGUCAUAGCAAUAUGGACUCAUUACCAUGGAAAUGGUCAGCCAGGCAGCCCCCCUCCCUCCUUUUUCUUUUGUAUUACUAUUUAAGAACAAAAGCACUCUACGCUGCAACUGUUUGAUUUUUUUUUCUCAUCUUUUUUUUGAAUGUCUGAUUGAAUAAAUCUGAACGGUCUUAAGCAGAGGUUUUUAGAGGGGUUAGACAAAGGGGUCACCUUAGCAACCCUGGUCCUGAUGCAGGGACAAACCUCUAAACCCCCAGUUUAUAAUGUCUACGCAGCUGAAGCAGAAAGGAUGGAGGAUGAAACGGAGCAUCACGACUUCUGAAGGCUUCUCUGCACCAACACAAAUACUGGGACUUUAAAAAUAAAUCAUUUUCUUCCUGGUGGUAUAAUCACAACACAAUGCUGUCUGUGGUAUUAAAAAAUGUAAAUUAUUUCCAAUAAACGUAAAGUACAGAUGAUUGGUUUCAAUUGUCAUGAAGGCAGGUUUUGUGAAUGUUUGUCCUAUUCUUCAUUUUUUUGUAUUGCUUUCUUCUAAAAGGCUUCAGAUUUAAGUUGUGCCUUUUGUUUUGAAUGUCUCUUCAGGAAUGUGUAGAUAAAAAGGAGAAAUUCAAA